AUGCUCUUCUCACACUCCUUUGCAACCAUCGUUCUUUGUGCCCUCACCCUCCCUGUCUCCAACGCACUCCCUGUCCCUUCCACCUCGGACUACACCACCCACGUCUCUUCUUCCGACAGCUCUCCCAUCGGCGCUGACGCUUACAUCCCCAACGCGUCCUCCAAUGCGAACAACUCUGGCACCCCGGCCGACCACACGUCAUACGACUGCCCUUCCUCCUCUGUGCCACCGGAUUCGCACACGCCCUCUAACACUGCCUCGGACAACUCAGCCACUGUGGAAAAUUUGACCGCCGGCACGUCUUUCCCCUGCUCACCCGCCAGCAGGAAGCCCGCCACAGUCGUCCUGGAUGGACAGAAGUUGAUGAAUAUUAAGUGCAGGGUGAAGAGUGGGGAGCUCGGCUUGCAGUCCGAGCUGAAUGGACUGCUGUCUCAGGCCGAUUCGUGGAUGACUCAAGGCCCAUGGAGUGUUGUCAACAACCUCAAGAGCGUGCCCAACGGCAACUCACACGACUACGCCUCCCAGGCUCCUUACUGGUGGCCCAACAACUGGGAGGACCCCGAUUCGGGUGAUGUAUGCCCCUAUGUCCAGCGCGAUGGUGUAUUCAACCCCGAGACCGAGCAAUACACCUCAAAGGCCGACAGACUCUCCAUGUUUGAAGCUUCCUACACUCUUUCCCUUGCCUGGUACCACUCCGACAACUCUUCUUACCGAGUCCAUGCCGCCGAUAUUCUUAAGACUUGGUUCAUCAACGAGGCUACGGCCAUGAACCCGAAUUUGGCCCAUUCGCAGCUCAUUCCGUGUGCCAAUGACGGACGAUCCAUCGGUAUCAUCGACUUUUCCCAAAUGUAUACCGAUGUCCUCGACGCGGUUUCAAUCCUCAGCCUGGACUAUGACGACUCUUGGAGUCAGAACGACGAGGCCGUCUUUCGGCAAUGGAACAGCGACUAUCUCACGUGGCUCACUCAGAGUGACUUUGGCAAGGCCGAGCUCUCAGCUCAAAACAAUCACGCCACUUUUGCUCUCCUCCAGGUGGCCGGUAUCGCUUCUUAUGUGGGUCAAACCGAUUUGGCUCGAACGACGGUCGAAUCCACCAAGAGUCUGAUCGACAGCUAUAUCUCCCAAGACGGCACUCAGCCGUUGGAGCUUGAACGCACCAGAUCUUGGCACUACUCUAUUUUCAAUCUGGUGGCAUACACCAGGUUGGCAGACAUCGGAGCCCUUCUUAAUGUUGACUUGUGGGACUACUACGGUCCCGACGGACAGUCCAUCAAGGGGGCCAUCGACUUUUUGAUCCCCUAUGCUACCGGAAGUCAGGUGUGGCCGUACGAAGAGCUCAACUUCCUUCAGUAUGCCGCCAGCGACGUGAUCAAUGCCGCUGCAGACCACAACGAUCACUAUGCCCAGUCUGCAUUGCCCGACAUCGCGUACUCUCCUAUCGGCAACCAGUGGUCGUUGAGGCCGUCAGCGGAACAGCUAGACAACAUCGUCACGACAUAG